ACUUGAGCCGAAUGUAAGCGGUACAGAUGAAUCUUCUCUGGAUGAACUUACUGAUUCUCUCAAUCUCGAGUCAGUAGGAAAGGCUAAUCGUAAAUCCGUAGCCUUGUUUCGCAACAGCUCAAAUCAUGGAAUUACCGGAACCGAUUUAAAACUUGAAGAUAGUGUUUGUAAUCUUUUCUCUUCACCAUUACUGGCAGAAGAUACCUCAUCAACUAAACAAAAAGGCACCCAUGCUGAAUAUAGCAAAACGGAACGCCUUUCAGAGGCAGAGGAAGAUUUUAACGAAAAAUCGAAUGCUCGCUUGUCAAGAAGCAGUAGUCUUAGUUCACUAGAUUCUUGUGCAGAAGAUAAUCGCAUUGGACUAUCACACGGUACAUGCCCUGAAGAACGAUCCAAACCGGUUAAGAUGCUCUCCAAACGCCGCGGUAGGCCUCCGAAAGCAUCUCAAAGUUGUUCCAGGCGAGCCCAUACUCGUCCGCCUAAACGCAGAGGUAGACCACCAAAACAUCCUGACCAGUCCGUCUGUAAGGAAGGGGAGGCAAGAAAAACGUCGAUAAGCGAUUUAUCCGACGAUGCUCAACUUCAGCAGCACCAUGAGAUGUCCGGGUCGGAGGAUCUAGUUACCUCUAUUUCUCCUGGGCACUUAAAACAAUCCCUUACUUCCAACUGUGAGCAUGAGAGGAAGUUGAGUCUUUCAGCUUCAGCUUUUGACCAACACAAAGGCAAUGCGGAUUUU